AUGAAAUAUCCUACCUCUCCUUCAAAUACACUUUGCUUUAGAUUGAUGAAUAUGGCAAAGUUAUUACGAAAUCAAUUCCUUAACUUGUACCUUAAGCUUAUUAUAGUUUUCCUUAACUAGCAUCUUAAUGUAUAUUACUUAGAUGGGAUGAAAAUGACCUUUUUGUCAUAAGUAGGCUUUAUAGUCUAAUAUAACUUCCAAUCUUAGUAAUUUUCUGUUGUUGAUAAUUCAUCAGAUAUGUUAAAUUAAAUACUCAGCGUUUAAAAUUAUCAGUAAAAUAAUGAUCAAUUUAUCCUUGCUAUCAACUCAACAAAUACAAUUUUUUAUUAUGAUUAAUCAUUUAAUAAGAAUAUACUUUUAUAGUACUCAUCAUAAAGCACUCUUUAAAUGGAAAAUUUAGAUACAUAAAAUAUGUGGGUGUUCUACUAAUAUAAUAAAAUAGAUUUUUACUAAAUAUUAUUUGGUCAAGUUCCUUCGUUGAUCAAAUCUAUCACUCCAUAGACUAUUCUAUAUUCAAUAAUGAGAUCUAAUAAAACUUUGAUUCUAAUUGAUGGUUAAAAUUAAACAGCAAUUUAAGUAUUCUAAAUUAGCUAAAAUAAAUAAGUUACAGAAAUCACAAGCACUUUACCACUUAUGUUCUUUCAUUCUGAUUGUUUUUGGAAGACUAAAGAUGUCUAUUUCUCUCAAAAACAAGAUCUACUUUACAUUUUCAACCUUAAUUCAAAUAGUUUUACUGUUUCUUAUACUAUAAUGUAAGAUAUAUAAAUUUAAGAGCUCACUUAAAGCCAAUUAACCUCUGUAAAUUCAAGUUAAAUGUAUUUCUCAUCUGAAUAGCAUACUUAUUAUUAUAAUUAACUAUUAUUUAAUUAACCGGCAGUUAAUUUUUUAAAUACUGCUACAAAUAAUUAAAUAUUAGAACUAAAAGGAUAUGGUAUUGCUUACUAAUAUGAUUUAGAAUCAAGAUAAAUUGCUAAAUAAUUCUAUUUUUGGGAUGAUUUUUAUUAUCCUGACCAAUUAGAAGUUUAAGUCUUUUUAUUCUACAACUUUAUAGUUGUAUAAGAAGAAGAAAAAUUAAUACUUACUGGAAUAAGAAAUGGUGUUUUGACGAUAAGAGAAUUAAAUUUAUAUACUUUUGAAAUACUUUUAGAAAACUAGUUUAGUGAUAUAGAUAUUACACCUAACCAAUUAUUUUUCUUUGAUUAACCGUUCUAUAUCCACAGUACAAAAACGUUGAUAGUUUAAAUUUAUAAUUAAGUAAUCAGUGAACUUUUUUCAGAAUUAAGAGAGCUUCAUAUUUUUAGUUAUAACUAAAUAAACAACUAAUACAACUAUAAAUUCUCAAUAAGAUAGAUAGUAAUUGAUGUUUAAGUUUCACAGAAAACAGGCGAUAUUAUUUGUUUCUUAACUUUGCAAUAAUUAUUCCUCAAAUAAAUAUAGAUCUACAAUAUUUACAAAGAUUAAAAUCCUGUUUUUGUCUCUGAAACAUUUUAUAAUAUUUGUACAUUUUAGUUAGGGUUUUUCAAUUUAAACUAAGAUAUUAUUUAUUAUUCUGAUUAUUUUGGAGGAAUAAUAAGUAUAAGUCUUCUAAACAAUUAUUAGUACAAUUUAUUUAGUGAAAUAACAUAAAUUGUUUCUUAUUAUCUAUCACCAAAUUUAAGCUAUUAGAUCUUUAGCUUAGCACCUUAUAAUACAGUUUAAAUUGUCUCUACUCAAAAUAAUAAGGUCCUAUAAGAAGUAGCUAUUAGUAUAUACAUACCAUUUUUCAUUAGUUAUGGCAACAAAGUAUUCAUUAUCAGCCAUACUUACACUUUAUCAUACUAUGAUGGAGAUACAAAUUAGCUCAUACUAUAUUAAAAUGAGUAUUAUGGGUAGAUCUUGUAGACCCUUUUACAUAAAUAAAAUUAGAUCAUAUUUAUAAAUACCAAGAUCUCUCUAAUAAUUAGCUUAUAAGAUCCAAAUCUAUAAUUAUAAUAGGCAUCAUAAAAUUCUUAUUCUAAUCCAUAUCAAUUUAAGGAUAUUUAAAUUCCUUUUUCUGCUAAUAAUAACUGGUUAUAGUAAAUGGUAGAUUUAAAUAUAUAUGCAAAUUAUAUUGGAGUGAUAAAAUACCAAAAGUUAAUAACAUCUAUUGUUAUUGAUUUCUCACAACUUAAUUCGCUAUAACCUUAAAAUUAUAGGCAGUAUUAUUUGUACGAUAAUAAAGGAUUUUAUUAUCCAUAUUAAAAAUAUAUGGUAAUAGUUGUUGGAUAUCGUCUUGCUUUAAUUAGCUCAUCUAAUUUUGAAAUUCUUUUUAAUUAUGAGUCUUAAAUAUUAUUUAUGAAUCUUGCAUACGAUAUAGAAUUAGGAUACAUGGCUUUUAUAGAUAACUUGUAAGAUUGUAUAUUCAACUUAAAGGCUAUUUCUUUAAAUUGCAUUACUAAUAACUAUCCAUUUCAAAUUUAAUAUUUAUAUGGGACUGUUAUUUAAAGACAAAAAUAGUUGAUCAUCUUUUAUAGUUAAUAUAGUUUAAGAGUGUACUCUUUAAAAGAAUAAAUUUAUAAGUUUAUUAAAUAUUCAGCAAACUUUUAACCUUAUUCUAUAUAUAAUAAUGACUAUGGUAGCAAUAUAAUUAUUGGAGAAUAAAAAAGUUAAAGUUUUAAAAUACUUAAUUUAGAUUCAUAUACAUUGUUGGAUACAUCUUUCCCAGCAAUGAAUGCUUAAAUUCGACAAAACCUGUUUAAGGUAUGA